AUACCUCGCGGUUUAGAUUAAUCUAAAUUUCGUGUUUGUGCUUGAUAUAUAAGAACUCUAGUCUUCAUCUGUUGUUUCAUUCCACUAUGCUGUGUUAAAUUUUGUUAUGGCGACUGAAAAUGAUCGAAAGGAAAAGGCGAUGGAGCAAUUUCCUUAUUUCCCUCCAACAUCUGACAUCUGCACUGCAUUGCUCAUAAGAGGUCUUGCAUCAGAGUAUGACUGCAGCUCAGCAGAUAUAAAUCCUAUUGGGAGCAGGAUUAUCGGACAUUUCUGCGAGGGGCUGCCACACAUCUUGGUUACGUGUCCUUGGAAGAAGUUGAAGAAGAUCCACCUGCUGCGGAACUGGAGACUAUUUGUUCCAAUCAUGUCAGAAGUCUUUGUGGCUGAUGCAGAAGAACUCAAGUCUUCAUCUGUUCCACUAUGUUGUGUUAAAUUUCCUUGCGGCGACUGCAAAUGCUGGAAAGGAGAAGGCGGUGAAGCAAUUUCCUUAUGUCCCUCCAACAUCUGCACUUCAUUGCUCAUGAGAGGUCUUGCUUCCAAUCCACCUCGGAAGCUAUUCACGUAACUCAUUUACAUCCUCAUCAAAAUUUCUCCUCCUUCCAACAACCUCAAAGAGGAGCAUGCCAAAACUGUAAACAUGGCACUUGUGAGUAACCGGAUAAGGCUUCCAUAUCUCUGGUGCUGCAUAUCCGGGUGUCCCUCUUCCCUUGGUUAACAACAUUUGACUGCUUCCCCUGUUGCAAAGCUUGGCAAGUUCAAAAUCUGCGACCUUUGGAUUCAAAUUCUUAUCGAGAAGUACAUUCCCGGGCUUAAUAUCAUAAUGAAUGAUUCACACUCCUCAUGCAGAUAAGCCAACCCUUUUGCUGUUUGGUCUGUGAUAUUGUGCAGCUUCUCCAAACCUAUUUCUCUAUGCUCACUAAACAAGAACUUGUCAAGUGAUCCAUUCUCCAUGUACUCAUAGACAAGUGCUCGCAUUUCGUGGUCAAAGCAGAAGCCGUAUAGUUUUACCAAAUUCAUGUGGUAAGUUCUUCUUAAGGUGCCAACUUCCGCCAUGAAUUGAUCUUCGACUAUCUUAUCCCCAGUGUUUGUAAGCACCUUGACAUGUUGCUAAGAAACCCCUUGACCGUCGGAAACUCAACUUGUGAGCUUCGAACUUGCUGCAAUUCGGGUGUUAAGUCGAUUGCUACAUCGUCGGAUGAAUGAUUUGGAUUCAAAGACUUGUCGAUACUACUGUAACUGUUUGCUAUCCGGGCAUAUGCCGGAUAGCGCUUCCUGUCUUUUUCAAGCAAUCAAUGAUGGCAUAUACGAUGGCUACAAUUGCAAUGGUCACCACCACACUAGAAACUGAAAACAAAUCUAAUUAAAAACAAACUUACAAAAAAAAUUAUAGCAGUGAUGAUAGACUGUAAAAUAAGUCAUACAAAUAAUCCAGUUGUGCUCAUGACCCGAUCAUUAAGUCUUUGUUUACGAUCCUGAACACGAUGUGAUUAUCAAACGUGUUACAAGAUAAUAACACGAUUUGUUCAUAUAAUGUUCAUAAAUACAA